AUGGCCCAAGAUCCUAGAGCUCUUCUAGCAAAGGUUGAUAUCUUACCCCCCCGCUUUCAUUCCGGCGGUUACUAACAUGAACACAGGCCGAUAAACAGGCAUCAUCUGCCCGUGGUGGGUUCAGCUUAUUCGGCGGAAAACAAGAUAAGCUCGAGAUAGCAGCGGACCUAUACACCCAAGCAGCUAACGCUUUCCGUGUGCAAAAGCUAGGUUCGGGCUUUACUAUUAUUCCUCUCCUGUGAUACCCCUUGAUGUCGGGAACACAAAGCUGACCCGAACCAAAUAGGCAGAGAAGCGGGACAGACCCUCGAAAAGGCCGCCGCUAUCCAGCAAGAAAUCAACGAGCCCGAUGACGCAGCAAAUAGCUUCGUCGAAGCCUACAAAGCCUACAGAAAAGAUGACCCGAGUAGUGCAGCCCGCGUGUUGGAGAAGGCAAUCCAACACUACACCCUAAGAGGCAACUUCCGAAGGGCUGCGACGCAUCAGCAGAAUCUUGCCGAGCUGCUGGAACUCGAGAUCGGCGACAUACCCAAGGCCGUUGCGGCCUACGAGAUUGCUGGUGACUGGUUCCAGAGCGAUAACGCCGAGGCACUGGCCAACAAAGUGUUCUUGAAGGUGGCGGACUUGGCAGCGCUGGAGGGGAUGUAUCCCAAGGCAAUUGAGCGGUAUGAGGGUGUUGCGAGGAGUAGUGCUGGGAAUAACUUGAUGAAGUGGUCUAUGAAGGAUUACUUCCUCAAGGCUGGGAUCUGCCACCUUGCUAGUCGUGAUAAGAUUGCAUUCAAGAAGGCGUUGGAUAGUUAUGUUGAGCUGGAUCCUAGCUUCCCGAGUAUGAGGGAAUUCCAGCUUUUGAAUGUUUGUGUUGUGCACUGCUUCCACCGGUUAUACAUUUUACUCAUCGGGAGGUCUAGGAUAUGCUCGAAGCCGACGACGGUGGCGACGCAGAAGCCUUCGCCGACAAGAUCUUCCUGUACGAUCAAAUGAGCAAGCUGGACAAGUGGAAGACAACAAUGUUGUUAAGAGUCAAGAGCAGUACGACAGCUCCUAAACCGCCUCUCCUCGGAUGUAAAUAGCUAACAAAUCAACCAGGCAUCGAAGAAGACGAUGACGACGGCUUGGCCUAAUGGCAAUACCGUUCAUUCCGCUUUCUUUCUCCUUUGCUCGGGUUACUAAAAACUCCCUUGUGCGGUCUUUUCUGUUUUUAUGUCUUUUGGUGCUUCCGGCUCACGAGAUGUUUCUUGAUUGAUUGACUUUACUUUGCUCACUUUUUUCUUUUCCUGUCGAAUAUGUAUCUUGUAGGACUGAUCGCUACUUGUCCUGUGGGUAAGUUAAACUUCGUUUGACCUUG